UGAAGGAAAAGCUAAGUGGUCAUUUAGAGCAGCUUUGGUGGCUAGGAGAUUGGUACCUCCGGGAAAAUAAUUUGGUAGCGCUGGGAUGGAAGCUUGAAGAAUAUUUUGCAUUAAAUGUUUUUGGAGGUGGUUCACUGCCUCAUGAAGAAUCUUCACUGGUUGUGAAUAAAGGGGAGGAAUUAAGGCUGAAGUGCAACGAGAAUGGACCUGUGACUUGGAGUUUCCAGAACUCGGACCCAUCAGCAAAAGCAAGGAGUUCCAAUGAGAAAGAGUGGUACACAAAAAACGCAACAGUCAGAGACAUAGGCAGAUACAUAUGCGAAAGCAAAGGGAGUAUUGUCACCUCUUUUUAUGUUUUUGUUAAAGAUCCAAAUGUGCUCUUCCUUGUUGAUUCUCUGAUCUAUGGAAAAGAAGACAGUGACAUCCUGCUAGUGUGCCCACUAACAGAUCCAGAUGUUUCAAAUUUCACGCUGAGAAAAUGCGAUGGCAAGCCUCUCCCCAAAAAUAUGACGUUCAUUCCCAAUCCGCAGAAAGGCAUCGUUAUAAAGAAUGCCCAGAGGUCAUUUAAGGGCUGCUACCAGUGCUUGGCCAAGCAAAACGGAGUUGAGAAAAUAUCGGAGCACAUUUUCCUGAAUGUGAGACCAGUUCACAAAACUCUUCCUGUCAUCACCUUAUCUAAAAGCUAUGAGCUUCUCAAAGAAGGGGAAGAGUUUGAAGUUACAUGCAUAAUCACGGACGUGGAUAGCAGCGUACGAGCUAGUUGGAUUUCUCACAAAAGUGGGAUUGUUACAAGCAAAAGCAGAAAUUUGGGUGAUUAUGGAUACGAAAGGAAAUUAACAUUGAACAUCCGUUCAGUGGGAGUUAAUGAUUCUGGAGAAUUCACAUGCCAAGCAGAAAACCCUUUCGGAAAAACCAAUGUCACAGUAACCUUGAAAGCACUAGCUAAAGGAUUUGUCCGUUUGUUUGCGACAAUGAAUACCACAAUAGAUAUAAACGCAGGACAAAAUGGAAAUUUAACAGUUGAAUAUGAGGCAUAUCCAAAACCAAAGGAAGAAGUCUGGAUGUACAUGAAUGAAACAUUACAGAAUUCAUCGGACCAUUAUGUCAAGUUCAAGACUGUGGGCAAUAACAGUUAUACAAGUGAACUUCACCUUACUCGAUUAAAAGGAACAGAAGGAGGCAUUUACACAUUUUUUGUGUCCAAUUCUGAUGCCAGUUCCUCUGUAACAUUUAACGUCUAUGUGAAAAGUAAGUAA